AUGAUGAGUCGAUUUAAUACUUGAGUUACAAAAGACACCGAAAUUUAGAUAUAAAUAUUAUUAAUACACUUCUAUCGUGACGUCGUUAAUAUAGUGACGCAGACGCGCGUUGAUGACGUGAGGUUCUCCGUGAAAACAUGGCGGCUGCCGUACCGGUGGUGGAGGAGGCUGAAGAUUAUUCCUUUUUGCCAAUUAUUCACGACGUCAUAAAAUGCAUGGAUAAAGACAGUCCAGACGUCCAUCAGGAGCUCAACAAGCUGAAGACGAAGAUCCAGGAGGCCCGCGAGCAGAUCUCCAGCAUGCCAGGCAUCGACAUGAGUCCAGCGGUGCAGGAGAGCAAACUGCAAACGCUCCGAGAACAGGUCCAGACCAAGAACCAGCUCCUGCAGAAAUACAAGAGCCUGUGCAUGUUUGACAUCCCUAAACCAUCCUGAUGUCCAGCAUGAACCGGCAGAGUUUAAUGUCAUGACACUCUCUCACCAACGGGGGCGACACUCACUCACUCACAUCUGCUGCAUGGAUUUGUUUUGUACAUAUCAUUUGCUUUUUCUUUGGACAGUAUUCAAAUCAGUGUGUGCUUUUUGUAUACUUUACAUUUGUGCAUUAAAUUUAUAAAACCACAUAUUUGAUAAAAGUUCAGUUGCAUUUAACACAUGAAAAAAAAUACUAGUGUUUUUGAAGCAUACUACACUGUCAGAAAUAAUCUGUCAAUGUGGCAUUUUUGUCUCUAAAGGUACAUAUUAAUAACUAAAAAGUGCAAAUGUGCAUCUUAAAGAUACAAAAGUAAACCUUUUUUGUAAAUAUCAUUCACUUUUACUUUGGACAUCACAUUCGGACUUUUGCUUUGUGCAUUAAAUUAAUUAAAGCACCUUUUAAA